AUGUCAGGGAAGCUGGCGGCCGAGAGCUGGGGCGCCACACGGAUCAGUGUCCAGAAUUUCUCUUACACGUGGACCAUCAGCAACUUCUCUUUUUGCCUGGGGGGAAUGUGGGGAGCCAUGGAAAGCCCACCUUUCUCAUCAGGAGCCAGGGACAGCCCGAAAUGGUGUUUGAGACUCUACCCUGAUGGGAUUGAUGAAGAAAGCCGAGAUUACCUGUCAGUUUACCUGCAAUCGCGCUGUCCUAAGAGCCCAGUUUGGGCAAACUUCCGAAUGUAUAUCAUAAAUGCUAAAGGAGACAGAUCCCAAGAUGUAAGGAGCACAGGUAUCUUUAAGUUCCUGCCAGGCCAACACAGUGGAUUCAAAAAGUUCAUCCUUCGAGAUUUCCUCUUGUCCCAGACGCAUUGGCUACUGCCGGACGACAGGCUCACUCUCUUCUGCAAGGUGAGCGUGCUCGGAGACUCCUACACCAUCUCCGGACAGAACACCGCAUCUUCAAUAAAGGUUCCAAGGUGCACAUUGACUGCUGACCUGGGGGAGCUGUGGGAGACUUCCUGCUUCACAGACUGUAGCCUGUUGGUAGGUGGUCGCGAGUUCCGGGCUCACAAGGCCAUUUUAGCAGCUCGCUCUCCAGUUUUCAGCGCCAUGUUUGAACAUGACGUGAAGGAGAAGCCAAAGGACCAAAUUGAGAUCCAGGACAUGGAGCCUCAAGUCUUCAAGGAGAUGAUGGGAUUCAUUUACACAGGGAAGGCACCAAACCUCCACAGCUUGGCCCCUGGUGUGCUGGCAGCUGCUGACAGGUAUAGCCUGGAGCGCUUGAAGGCCAUGUGUGAGGACACCCUCUGCAGGGACCUCUCAGUGGAGAAUGCUGCUCACACUCUCUUCCUGGCUGACCUCCACAGUGCACAACAGCUGAAAAUGGAGGCCCUGGGUUUCAUUACAGUUCAUGCUUCCGAGGUCUCUGAGACCUCAGGGUGGAAGGAAAUGGUGGAUUCCCAUCCUCACUUGCUGGCAAAAGCAUUCCAGUCCCUGGCUUCCUUUCAGUCUUUUUCCUGA